AUGGCUAAUCGCAAGUCUAAGUCCGGUGGACAAUCGCAAGGACCCAAGCAAGCCGCAGGAGGAGGGGCAUCUCAGUCCCCUAACCCCCAAGCUACCAAUAAGCCUCGAUCUGUAGCUGCAGCCCAUCGUACAGCUGCUGCACCUAGACCCCCACAACCACAACCACAAGCCAACGCACCCCGUCUAUCAAAUGGGACUAAACAUCAAAAUCCUGAUAACGGGGCUCCCAAAUCUCAAGGCGCCAACGGUUCGAACUUUGUCAGAGUAUCUCUAUCAUCAGCCGAAGCAACCUCUGGACACAGGGCAUCCCAAGAUCGAUCUGUAAAUCAGGGUACGCCUAAACGUAAUGAAAGUGGGCUGAACAAUGGCCCUCAGAAAGUCCAAAGGCCUUCUCCUCAACCCAACAUUUCUUCGAAAAACGCAGCACCGAAGCCGAAACAUUCUCAGGCCUUCUUUGGAGGUCAGUCUUCGGCCUCCAACUCAGCGCCUAAAUGGAGCAACCAUAUCCGGGAACAAGGUGUUCCAAGACCCAUCGCCGAGGUCGUCGCAGCAAAACAGAGUGGCCAUACCCAACCUCGUGCUCAAACAGCACAGAACCAUACUCCGACCCCCCGAAAGGAUCCUACUUUCUUUUCAGCAUCGCCAGCCCAUCAACAGCAAUCAGGAAAAAAUACUGCCAGUAACACUUUCCCGAAGGUCCAGGUGGCAACAACGCAAGCUCAACGCCCUUCGCGUGGUGGUCAAUCGUCUGCACCAUUAGUUCAAGAUUCUGGGAAGCCGUCGCUUAAGUCUCAGCAACAACACAAGGGCCACACCCCUCCAAAGCCCUCGACGAACGAGGGAAAGCCGCCUAUGGGAAGUGCGUUGUCGACCGUAUUUUCACUUUUUUCUACUGGAUCGGAAGCUCCGGGGAAUCCGUCCCCUAAGUCUCAGCAUGCGCAACAAGGCAGAGCACCUCCGCACUCACGUCUAGCCCAGGAAACGUCCAGUAAAGGCAAGUGUUUCGGUGUUAUGAUUGCAAUUUUUGAGUCGGCUGAUAACACCCCGGCCGAGACCCCGACGAACGACCAGGGCAAGGGACAACCGCCUACUGAAUGGGUGUUGCCAAAAGUCUUGUCAUCGUUUUUCUCUACUGAAUCAAAAGCUCCAGGGAACCCGUCGCUUAAGUCUCAGCAUGCGCAGCAACACAGAGCGCCCCCACACCCGCGCCCCGUGCAGGAGAUACCCAAUGAAGGCCACAAAGACACCCCUGCAAAGUCCCUCAAAAAUAACGAGCGCCAGGGACAUCCGCCUGCUGAAAGCAUGCCGCCAAAAGUAUUAUCAUCGAUCUUCUCUACUGAAUCGAAAGGUUCUGGGAAUCGGCAUCGCACAAGCCCCAGCAAGCGCAGCAACACAGAGCGCCCCCGCACUCGCGCCUCGUGCAGGAGAUAGCCAAUAAAGAUCACAAGAACACCCCUCUGAGGCCCCCAAUGAAUGACCGGCCACAGGGGCAGUUCCCUACCGAGAGCGUGCUGCCGACACCGAAAGUGUCGCCAUCAAAUCAUUUUGCUGGAUCAAACGGUACUGGGAACCAAUUGGUUAACUUCGUGAUUCCUCCUGGAUCGACGCACAACUCUGCAACUGUUGGUAGUGGGUCUGUCCACCCUCGAGCUGCGAAGAAGCAAGGACCAAAUGUUGUGAAACCCGCGUUGAGUCAUGCCGCAGAUUGCUCUCCAAUGUUGAGCAAGCCUCAGGCAGCUGCUGUGCACCGGCUAAAACAAUUUCAAGUUCGAUCGAGCUCUAGCAAGCAUUAUCUCAGCAUGAUCCUAAAAAGAAAGCUGCUGUUCGCAAAGACUUACUACGUCAACGUACCCCCACUCUGAGGUG